GAAUCUGGGAGCUGACCACUCUGUUUCUCAACACAUGUAAAUUUGUGAGUACUGACAAACAACACGACAUGUAACGUAAGGCCGCCAUUUUCAUCUCAAAACCUGAUAACGAAGCGAGAGAUCUCCAUUUUUAGUUGAUUCAGAGAACAAGAAGAUAUGGGUAAGGCCGGAAAAUGGCUCAAGAAUUUCCUCUCCGGCAAGAAGUUCGACAAGGAACAUUCCCAAAUCGCCAAUCAUGUUUCUGUUGUUUCCUCUGGAAAUUCAACGAUUCCGGUUUCGUCUCCCAAAGAGAAGAAGCGAUGGAGUUUCCGGCGACCUUCACCGGCAAAGGACGUGAACACGCUGGGAUCGAAUGUCGCCGUUGCCGUCGCCGUUAAUUCAUCUGUGAAUACCACGUUUGAUAUGGAGAAGGAACAGGAAAAACACGCUAUGGCGAUGGCUGCUGCGACGGAGGCGGCAGUUGCAGCUGCACAAGCCGCUGCCGUCGUGAUUCGUUUGACUGUAGCGUCGAAUGGGAAAGACGGUAGAAUUGAAGAAGCUGCUGCGAUUAAAAUCCAAUCCGUUUUCAGAUCUUAUCUGGCGAGAAAGGCGCUGUGUGCUUUGAAAGGGUUGGUGAAAUUGCAGGCGAUGGUGAGAGGCCAUUUGGUGAGACGAAGAGCCACCGAAACUCUGCGGUGUAUGCAAGCUUUAGUGACGGCGCAGGCCAGAGCACGAACACAGAGGAUCAAAAUGGCUGAAGAUUCACAGCCCACUGCCCAUUCAUGGCACUCAUCCCAUCGAAAAUCUUUCCAAGAAAGCCGUCAAAGACAUACCCAUCAAGAGAUCGACAGAGAAAUGGAAGAGAAUAUAAAGAUCGUGGAGAUGGAUUUAGGUGGAACCCUAAAGAAUCGCAAUAGCUACAGCCUUAACACCUAUUCGAAUCAAGAAAACUACCGUCUCUCGCCGGCGCCGUCAGCGAUGACCGACAUGAGCCCGAGAACAUUCAGCGGCCAUUUCGAAGAUUACGCCUACGGAACAGCUCAAAGUAGUCCCCAAUGCUUCUCCGCCAUGGCGAAAUCCGACCCAAAUCGCAUCCCAUUCGAAUUUCCCAGAUCGGAAUAUGCAGAAUCUUUGUCUUACGAUUACCCAUUGUUCCCAAAUUACAUGGCGAACACCGAAUCGUCGAAGGCAAAAGUGCGGUCGCAGAGCGCACCGAAGGCUAGGCCAGAGUCGCUUGAGAGGCAGCCGAGCCGAAGGCGGGCGUCAGUUGAGGGGAGGAACAUUCCAAGGGCGGUGAGAAUGCAGCGGUCGUCGUCACAUUUGGGGUCCGCCGCGAAGAACUACGGGUAUCCUCCAUGGGCGGUGAAGCUGGACCGGUCGACAGUGUCGCUGAAGGACAGUGAAUGUGGGUCGACGUGCUCGGUGCUGACAAAUCUGAACUAUUGUCGAUCGGUGGCAUCGCAGGAAGUUUAUGGGAACAGGCACUAACAGAGAAGAUGAUGAAAUAAUAACAAUAAUAAUAA